GGUAUUUAAGCCGGUCCGCUGCGGACGGCGCCCAGAACCGACGUCUCGGGCAGUGCGGCCACCGCGGAACCUCGAGAGAGCGCGUGGGGAACCGGGGGAAAGGAAGCGGACGAAGAGCAGGAAGCCAUGGGGUUGGAGGAGGCGCGCGAGCUGGACUGCGCGGCGCUGGGCGCGCUGCUGCGGGAGCCACAGGAGGUCGAGCGCACGCUGCUGCUUGACUGCCGCCCCUUCCUGGCCUUCUGCCGGUGCCACGUGCGUGCCGCGCGGCCGGUGCCCUGGAACGCACUGCUGCGCCGCCGCGCGCGCGGCCCUCCCGCCGCCAUCCUCGCCUGCCUGUUGCCCGACCGCGCGCUCCGGGCGCGCCUGGCCCGCGGAGAGCUGACGCGGGCCGUGGUGCUGGACCAGGGCAGCGCCUCGGUGGCCGAGCUCCCGCCCGACAGCCCAGCCCAGUUGCUGCUCGCCGCCCUGCUGCACGAGACCCGAGCCGGGCCCGCCGCCGUCUACUUCCUGCGAGGAGGCUUCGAAGGCUUCCAGGCCUGCUGUCCCGAUCUGUGCUCUGAGUCCCCCGCCCCGAUUUUGCCACCUGCGGGGGCAGAAAACAGCUACUCCGACCCCAGAGUUCCCUUCUAUGACCAGGGCGGCCCUGUGGAGAUCUUACCCUACCUGUUCCUGGGCAGCUGCAGCCACUCGUCAGAUCUGCAGGGGCUGCAGGCUUGUGGCAUCACAGCUGUCCUCAACGUCUCCGCCGGCUGCCCCAACCACUUUGAGGGCCUUUUCUGCUACAAGAGCAUCCCGGUGGAGGACAGCCAGAUGGUGGAGAUAAGUGCCUGGUUCCAGGAGGCCAUAGGCUUCAUUGAUUCGGUGAAGAACAGCGGAGGCCGGGUACUGGUGCACUGCCAGGCAGGCAUCUCACGAUCUGCCACUAUCUGUCUGGCGUAUCUGAUACAGAGCCACCGUGUGCGGCUGGACGAGGCCUUUGACUUUGUUAAGCAACGCCGGGGUGUCAUUUCUCCCAACUUCAGUUUCAUGGGGCAGCUGCUACAGUUUGAGACUCAGGUGCUAUGUCACUGAGGCAGGGCCCACAGUGCUGGCUGCCCAAGUGCUGAGGCCAAACAGCUGCUGAUUCCUAGGUGGGGAGUACUGACUGUGGAUGGGAGGCCCCACAGCCCCCCUCACCUCAAGGAGAACCGCUCCUUCCUUGGAGUUUGAAAAGCCCCUCUGGGGGGCAGGUGCUGGGAAUGCUGGACUUUCUCACCUGGUGCUCUUCUGCUAGGGGUUUGAGGGCCAGCCCUCGUUCUGGGGAUGAGAGUGGAGCAUGUAUCUACUGUCUUCCUACCCCUGCUCUGGUGGAAACUAACAGGACUCUACACUCAUGACCUCCACCGGUCCCACCACCACGUUGAAGCCCUUGGCAGCCUGAGAGUCCAAGGAAGAAGCUGUGACAGCCUGGAGCCUGGCUAGAGUGGCCCCCAGGGCCUGGAGCCUGGGCCCUGUGCCCCUGGGGAGCCGGCUUGGGGCAGUGAGGUGGAUGUUGUGUAUUAACCACUAGCUUACGUGUGUAUGUGUGUGAGCAUUUCACACCUGUGUUUGCGCUGGAAAGUUACUGUGCUCAACUGACAUUUAACACUCCCUCCCCCACUUCCUCUCAGCCCUGUGGAUGGAGGUUGGAAACUUAGCACUUUAUAUUUAUUUGGAACAUUGAGGAUGUGUCAAUAAAACAUCGUUUUGUUUAAAAAA